CCGCGCUUAUGUGCGGAGGCUCUGUAGAAAGCCAGCAGUCUGCUAUGGGCUUGCGGUAUAAGGAAAUGCUAGAUCUAGUGAUAUCACCCAGCCUGACUGUAAACAGAGAGUGCUCCGACAGACUGAAGCUCAGCCUUUCUAACAUUUAUGCCGCGGCUCCAGAUGACAUAGAAGGUAAGUCAAAGCAAAUUUUUCACAGGCAGUUUGAUGCUGAGUCAGGCAACAGCAAAGCAGCACCACAGUGUCCUCUCCAUCUGUACUCCACAAAACAUUAUCCCCAUAUAGUGACAGUCCCGCCCUUCCCAGCAAUGGCAACAUACGGACAGACUCAGUACAGCGCGGGAAUCCAGCAAGCUGCUGCUUACACGGCCUACCCUCCUCCAGGGCAACCCUAUGGGAUACCCUCCUACAGCAUCAAAACAGAAGACAGCCUGAGCCAUUCCCCAGGGCAGAGCGGGUUCCUUAGCUAUGGGUCCAGCUUCGGUACGCCAACAGCCGGACAAGCCCCAUACACCUACCAGAUGCACGGCACAACGGGGAUUUACCAAGGAGCCAAUGGCCUGGCAAAUUCUGCAGGAUUCAGCGCUGUGCAUCAGGAAUACUCCUCGUACCCAAGCUUUCCUCAGAGCCAGUACUCUCAGUAUUACAGCUCUUCCUACAACUCUCCCUACGUGUCGGCAAACAGCAUCAGCCCUUCAGCCAUCCCCACAUCCACUUACUCGCUGCAAGACUCGUCGCACAAUAUCAGCAGCCAGAGCACAGAGUCGCUCUCUGGGGAAUAUGCCACGACACCAGCCAAAGAUAUAGAAACAGACAGGCACCACAGAGGGGCGGACGGCAAGGUACGAGCCCGCUCAAAAAGAAGCAACGAUCCUUCCCCUACUGCUGACAAUGAGAUCGAGCGUGUGUUUGUGUGGGACUUGGAUGAGACGAUAAUUAUUUUUCACUCCUUACUCACGGGAACCUUUGCAUCCAGAUACGGGAAGGACACUACAACGUCUGUGCGGAUAGGUCUUAUGAUGGAAGAAAUGAUCUUCAACCUGGCAGAUACACAUCUGUUCUUUAAUGACCUGGAGGACUGUGACCAGAUCCACAUAGACGACGUGUCAUCAGACGAUAACGGUCAGGAUCUAAGCACGUACAACUUCUCAGCGGACGGCUUUCACAGUUCAACGGCCAGCGCAAACCUGUGCUUGGGCUCCGGCGUUCACGGCGGAGUUGACUGGAUGAGGAAAUUAGCGUUCCGCUACCGUCGGGUGAAAGAGAUGUACAACACCUACAAAAACAACGUAGGGGGUUUAAUAGGCGCUCCUAAGAGGGAAACCUGGCUGCAGUUGAGAGCAGAACUUGAAGCGCUGACUGAUCUCUGGCUCACACAUGCUCUGAAGGCUCUGAAUUUGAUACAUGCCCGGUCUAACUGUGUGAAUGUGUUGGUCACCACAACUCAGCUUAUACCGGCUCUUGCUAAAGUGCUUCUCUAUGGACUGGGCACUGUCUUCCCCAUUGAAAACAUUUACAGUGCAACAAAAACAGGGAAAGAGAGCUGUUUUGAAAGAAAAAUGCAAAGGUUUGGAAGAAAAGCUGUGUACAUUGUAAUAGGAGAUGGUGUUGAAGAGGAACAGGGAGCAAAAAAGCACAACAUGCCAUUCUGGAGAAUCUCUUGUCAUGCUGACCUGGAAGCUCUUCGGCACGCCUUGGAACUUGAAUAUUUGUAGCAGACCCAAACAUCUUAGCACUGUGAGGGCUUCACUCAAACUAUUACAUCGGUUCCACCUAUUCCUCAGCAUUUUCUUAUUAAAAAAAAAAAAAAUCCCACAGCAACUGCAGUUUUUCUUUUUUUGAAGGAGAACCAUUUCAGUGGAAGCCUUUAAGAACUUGCAGCCAAAGAACAUUGUAUCAAGACCUUCUUCCUUUGAACAGAGGAAAAAUCUUCAGCUAACCCACUGGGGAUCCUGCAGUUCUUUGGUUAAGCUGGAUGCAUAGAGCUGUAACUGCCUUUUUUUUUUUUUUUUGUUGCCAUCAACGAUAAACACAAAAGACUAGAAAUGUUGGGUCUACUUGUCAGUUUUCUUGCUUCUGAAGGGGGAAGUGGACAUAGUAAGGAAUCUCUCAGCAUGCCCUGUGCACAAUACAUCGCAUGGGACCUUCUGAAAAUAAGAGUGAAACUGUUGUUUUUUUGUUUUGUUUUUGUAUUUUUUUAAUUUAUGAACUAAUCUCAUUACUCUGGUAUUAAGCUCUGUACCUGUGUUUUAAAUCUGGCUUUUUGAGGUGGAUGGGUGGGGAAAGUCCUGCCGUUCUAAAUUAAUAGUUCACUUCUCCAGGACAAAAUGGAGAAAAUCAUAUUAUGUACAUUAAUAAUAACGACACAUGGGAUUGUUGGUAAGAACUAUAGCUGUGUUUUUAAAUCUUAUAUAGAUGGUAUGUGGACUGUGCAUGUGUCUACACGGUGCCUUAUGCUGCCAUCUUGGGUUUGGGGGUGGGGAAAAUACCUUGUGAUGAGUGAAAGGCAUUAAAUAAAAAAAAAAAGUGUUUACAUUCUGGGGGACUAGAUCACCUGCCUUCUCUUCUCUCCAGCCACUCAUGGAUCUAGUGAUAGAUGUAGAAUACAUACUCUCCCUUUCAAGCUGGGGUUGGACUGGAAGGACUCCAAGAGCCAGAGCCCCUCAGAUGUAAAACACAGUGUGUGGCCAACUGUUGUCUGUUGGUAGCGCAGAGUGAAGACGGUUGCCUGGCUGCGUCCACUAGGAGGGAACGUGGACAGUCAGCAAACCCUACUCGUCUUGCAAAGGAAGAUAAAGUGCAAGCAAAUACUGCAGCUGUGCAUAUUUAUUUCUAU